AUGGAACAAAACAAUGGCACUGAAGUAACUGAAUUCAUUCUCCUGGGAUUUGAUGGUCAACGCAAGUCUUGGCAUAUCCUCUUCAUACUAUUUCUAGUGAUCUAUGUGGCCACCCUGGUGGGUAACAUGGGGAUGAUCCUACUCAUCAAGAAUGAUUCUUGCCUUCACACCCCGAUGUACUUCUUCCUCCAACACUUGGCAUUUGUUGAUCUCUGCUAUACCUCCGCUAUCACUCCCAAGAUGCUGCAAAACUUUGUAGAAAAAGAACAAUCCAUCUCAUUCAUAGGAUGUAUGGUGCAAUUACUAGUCUACGGUGCUUUUGCAACAAUUGACUGCUACAUCCUGGCUGCAAUGGCAGUGGCGGUAGUGGCCAUCGGCAACCCACUCCACUAUCCAACAGUCAUGUCCCAGACAGUCUGCAUUCAGCUCCUGGUUGGUUCAUACUUCAUAGGCUUCCUGAAUGCCUCAGUAAACACAAGUUUUACUUUCUCAUUGAACUUUUGCAAAUCCAAUAAAAUUAACCACUUUUUCUGUGAUGAACCCCCACUUCUUGCCCUCUCGUGCUCUAACAUUGACUUCAACAUCAUGUUAGUAAUGGUCUUUGUGGGGUUUAACUUGAUGUUCACUGUGCUGGUUGUCAUCUUUUCCUACAUACAUAUCCUGGCUGCCAUCCUGAUGAUAUCUUCUGCUGCAGGGAGGAAAAAAUGCUUCUCCACAUUCAUCUCCCACCUGACAGCCGUCACUGUGUUCUACGGGACUCUCUCUUACAUGUACUUGCACCAUAGGACAAAGGAGUCUCAAGAGCAAGAAAAAGUGGCUUCUGUGUUUUAUGGCAUUAUGAUCCCCAUGUUAAACCCCCUCAUCUACAUCCUGAGAAACCAAGAUGUAAAGGAAGCCCUAAAAGGGAUUAGAAAGAAGUGCUUCUAG